AUGUACUACAUUAAUUUGAUCGCCGAGUCCGAGAAGCGGGAGAAGGAACUGCAGCGCUCCGAGGAGGACCGUCGAAGGCUACGUGUUGGCAACCCUCCAGGAAUCGAUGACCGGUUGGCUGGUCUGCAGAAGACUCGACAUGAGCACAAUAAGAAAAAGAAAAAGAAGAGGACUUCAUCCCCCUCGGAGGUUAAAUCCAAGAAGGCUAAGCGGAAACGUCCUCGGCAGCAGCCCGAGGCGUCUCCAGUUCCCUCGAGUUCAUCGGGCCUUGGCGGCUUGGCGGCCGAUGUUGUUGAUGAUGAAGAGCUGCUCAUUGAGCGAAGGUCCACUCGGAAUAAAUUCGCUAUCGAUGACUCCCCCAGCUUAGAGGAAGAACUCCAUCCUAAGAUUGUCACAAUAUCAUCUGGGAAGCUCCGUGAUGACCGCCGACCAUCGUAG